UCGAUUGAGAACCCCUGGCUCCAUCAUCACAACAACACGGCUCAGAGAUGGCUACGUUAUCAUCACCUCUGCGAGUCUGUCGAGGGAUAUUAAAAGAGUUGCGUUACAUGCAAGGGCCGAGUUACAAGGAGUCUAUGGCCUACAGCUAUGUCAUGGAUCAGUUUCGCAAGAAUAAGGUGACGGGAGAAAGGUACUGCCGCGCCCAGCAGGAGGCGCAUCACGCCUCGCACACUUACCUGUGUCUGCUGGCGUCCACCAGGAGCCACCUGGUCCUGCACGACCUGUACCACAAGAAAGGAGAGCGCAGCCCGGAACAAGUGGCCGGACUCGUGGGGCUGAGGUUGCCCACUCAGCCAGGAGGCAAAGGCUGGGAGAAAUGAGGACAAGCGACGACCCAAAAAAAACUCUUCAGAUAUUACUCACAUGUGUGGGUGACUCAUCCGGCUUCUUAAAAAGGUCCUCGUGUAAAAUAAACCCCCAAAGAUUUUUGACGGAACAUUUUUUUGCCGCAGUGUUGAUGUUGAUGUUCGGAUGGAGGAAAUGUGACUCCUGUGAACCACUGUGAUGGAUGAUCUGUUGUUAAUGUGGUUUAUCCCACAACGUGUUGUUUGUUUCCUGACUGCUUAAAGGCAACAAUUCAAAAGGACUGUAAGUACAUCUACCAUUAAAAUAUAUAUCAUUGUUA